ACUAUUAUAUGCAAGCGUACGGUGCACGUGUUUAUUAAGCAGUGUUCCGUUCCGCGUUGCGUUUCAAAACAACCUUUCACUUAAUUGACAACACUCGUUUUUCACGGUUCCAACGUAGCAAAAAAUGGAUUUUACGACAGCGCGAUAUGCAUUAAGCGAACCGAAUUUGAAAUUCGCGUCGACGGGAAAUUAUUUGCCAUCCGAUUCAGGUUAUGAAAAUACUCAUUCUAGUAUUUUUGUUUCUAAUUCAAAUCUUACCUAUCCCAAAUAUGGCGUCAACGCGCCAACUAACAUUAACGUAAAUCUCUCGAGACGUUACCAGGAAUAUGCUCACGACUUAAACCCGAACGACGAAACGGACCUUGAAAAAGUCGCUAAGGGCGAUAGUGACCCGAACGAAUGUCAAGAUGUUAAACAUAAACCGGAGUUGACUAGAGGGAUGUUGGCGCCUAAGGGAACUGUGGGUGAUGGUGGAGAUCGACGAAAAGAACAUAUAUGCGAAGUAGUUGAAGAUACUAAUUACAUUGUGAAACUGGAGAAAAUGUCACCAGAAUCAGGACUUAAAGAAACGCCAAAGUCCGCCAACUCUCCUGAUAAAAAGAAAGAGGCGAAGAACAAAGACCAGGACCCGAACAUCAAGCCGCCGUACUCCUAUGUGGCGCUCAUAGCAAUGGCGAUCAAGGAGUCCGGGGAGAAGCGUCUGACGCUCAGCGCCAUUUACCAAUUUAUCACCGGCAAGUUCCCCUACUACGAGAAAAACAAGAAGGGCUGGCAGAACAGCAUCCGCCACAACCUCAGCCUAAACGAGUGUUUCGUCAAGGUUCCGCGAGAGGGCGGUGGAGAGCGGAAGGGGAAUUACUGGACGCUCGAUCCCGCGUUCGAAGAUAUGUUCGAAAAGGGGAACUAUCGACGCCGGCGGCGAAUGAAGCGCCCCUACAGGCCGGCAAUUGCGCUAUCAAAGUCAUUUUUCGGGGACCCUUCACACUGCGCGUUUGGACAAUUUCCUUUCGCGAGAAACUAUUUUUCUCCGCCGCCUUACUCACAGUAUUCGUACGCGUCCUGGUCACUUCCUGGCCACAGUCCCCCGGGCGGCCCCACGGCGGGGACCAAUAUGGGAUACGCGUCCUGUGGGCAGGGGCGGGGCUUGUCACCAGGCAGCGCCUCUCUGGGACCGUGUGGGUACGGAUCUUUGCAAAACGGAUUCCAGCUGGGCGCCAACUCCUCAGGUAGCCACUACCCGCAGAUACCCGACUACCCCUCCUUGCCGGCGCCAACGUCGUCCCUGUCGUUCUCCUGUCGACAACAACCGGAGGCUUUCAACCCCGUCCACUAUGCUUACUGGUCAGACAGAUAAGACGACCGGUCUUUGGUGAGGGCCGCGAAGGGUGGUUUAAGUUGACGGCAGUUGUUGUGAAGAGGGCGAAUGUUGAAAGCGUCGGGCCCUCGAGCUCAGCGCGUUAUUGCGUUACUGGCCGCCCCGUUUUCACCAAUGACUUAUUUAUAACAAUACACCUCGAGUGAUUCUUGGACUGACGGCUAUGAAUAAAUGAAUAUAUUGCAAAAGUUAUUUUCGAACAAUAUGUACAUGUUGCCUUCCAUGUUGAAUAUCACAAGGCUAUCACUCUUAAUACAUCAUUUUGAACAGUGUGUCAUAAACAUUAAAUACAUCGAUAGCUUGUUUAAAUGUGUUUGCAAGUUAUUCGAUGUGCGUAUGUCGAUUCCUUAUAUAAUCAUUUCAAGACUUUCAAUGGGUCGCGGGCACUAGCGACAUUUUGGAAGAUUUAACUCCGUCCGGACUUUGGAGUGUGUCUCAGAAAGGACGUGAGGGUGACUGUGCACGCUCACAUGACUUACGAAGUGCAAUACAUCGUGUAGUUUGCUGAUAUAUCGCUUACAACGACGAUUUUAUAAAGGAUAUUUGUUGGAUUCGGUGGAUUAUCGAUUUUAAUUCACGAGUGAUCGUAGAAAAAAUAUAUUUUCACUCGUGGCUGCGUCAAAAAAUGACGUAAUUUCACAUUAAACAGUGAAAAUUAUCAAUAAUUUUCACUGAUAAUUUUCACUGUUUGAAACAGUGAAAUUAUCAGUUUUAAUUCACUGAUAUUUCUCUAUAAACCACCGGAAAGCAUAAAAUAAAAAGGAACCUUCUUUUCGGUUUUGGAAAGUUUUGAAGUUUGUCGUGAAAUGCUUUAAAUUUAUAAAUGAAAACAUCGGAACUAAAGAGUUCAACUAUAGAUCAAAAUUAAAGAAAGCAAAACGUUAUCAACACCUGGGCUCGAACCAGUGACCCUUUGAGUAAAAGUUUAGAGCUAAAUGCACUCGACAAUACGUGCUGACAUAACAAUUAAUGAAUGCUAUAUCUUAUAUCGGCAAUCCUCAUAAUGUCACAAAAUAUAACGAAAACACCAGAACUAUAUAAAUUAUACAAUCGUUUCGCGUUUGUAACGCUUUAUAACGCUUUAUAACUUUCAGAUUUUCAAUCGUAAAAGAUCAAUAGUGUGAAUAAUUUAAGCAACGUAAUGUUCAGUUUUACUGUUUCUUUGCAAAAACAUAACUAUAAGGAAAAUUUGCAAAUCUGAACUAUUUUGUUAAAUUUUGUUAAUUUAUCAAAACGUCGAAAGGUCUCUUUAAGGGUGUGCAGUUUUCUUGUCCUUGAAGUAUUUUGGACAGAAAUGUUUUUCCCUGCAGAUUUGUUUCUUUAAAUGAUGCCCAUGGAUGCUGUUGUUGUAAUUGAUUUUAGUACACUUGUUGAUGAUGUUUUAACAAGGGAGAUGUUGUUUACGAUGAUUUAUUAAUAUUAUUAUUAUUUUACUUUUGUUUAUUGGUAUGUGUUUAGUAAUUGUUUGCGUGUUUGUUUUGACGGCAUACACUUAAUAAUAGUGUCAAUUGUCAAAACUUAAAAGUAACAAAUAUGUUAAAAAGGAAGUGUCUUCUAAGCGAUCAUUUUCUUUUAAUUACUCCUCCCCAUCCCCCCAAAUUCUAACUUCAGUUUUGGUAAUGCUACGUCUUUCACCAUAUAUAUUAACAACAUCAACGACUCUGUAAUACUGUAACGCCCGGUACAUCAAAAAGUCGGUAAUACUGUAACGCCCGGUACAUCAACAACUCGGUAAUACUGUAACGCCCGGUACAUCAACAACUCGGUAAUACUGUAACGCCGGUACAUCAACAACUCGGUUAUACUGUAACGCCCGGUACAUCAACAAGUCGGUAAUACUGUAACGCCCGGUACAUCGACAGGUCGGUAAUACUGUAACGCUUGGUACAUCAACAACUCGGUAAUACUGUAACACCCGGUACAUCAACAACUCGGUAAUACUGUAACGCCCGGUAAAUCAACAACUCGGUAAUAUUGUAACGCCCGGUACAUCAACAAGUCGGAAAUACUGUAACGCCCGGUAUAUCAACGACUCGGUAAUACUGUACCGCCCGGUAUAUCAACAACUCGGUAAUACUGCAACGCCCGGUAUAUCAACAACUCGGUAAUACUGUAACGCCUGGCACAUCAACAAGUCGGUAAUACUGUAAUACCCGGUACAUCAACAACUCGGUAAUACUGUAACGCCCGGUACAGAGCCGUACACCAACGACUCGGUAGUACUGUAACGCCCGGUAUAUCAACAACUCGGUAAUACUGUAACGCCCGGUACAGCCCCGUACACCAACGACUCGGUAGUACUGUAACGCCCGGUAUAUCAACAACUCGGUAAUACUGUAACGCCCGGUACAGCCCCGUACACCAACGACUCGGUAGUACUGUAAGGCCCGGUAUAUCAACAACUCGGUAAUACUGUAACGCCCGGUACAGCCCCGUACACCAACGACUCGGUAGUACUGUAACGCCCGGUAUAUCAACAACUCGGUAAUACUGUAACGCCCGGUACAGCCCCGUACACCAACGACUCGGUAGUACUGUAACGCCCGGUAUAUCAACGACUCGGUAGUACUGUAACGCCCGGUACACCAACGACUCGGUAGUACUGUAACGCCCGGUAUAUCAACAACUCGGUAAUACUGUAACGCCCGGUAUAUCAACAACUCGGUAAUACUGUAACGCCCGGUAUAUCAACAACUCGGUAAUACUGUAACGCCCGGUAUAUCAACAACUCGGUAAUACUGUAACGCCCGGUAUAUCAACAACUCGGUAAUACUGUAACGCUCAGUACGAUGAUGUUGACAUUUGUGUCUUUUAUUGAUGUCAUAUUUUGGCUCCACACUUCCUGAAUGUCAAUAAAACCAUAUGUGGCCAUUGAAAUUCAUGUGAAAUAUAACAGUAUUACAUUCUACUAUUAUUCAACGGUAAACAGUUGAAUAUAUGUAUAUAAAAUAUUAUGUGCAAUUUAUGAAAUGGAUUUUGUUUACAUUGCAAUAAAUCUGUAUUGCAGUA